AUGGCGAUGACGUGCACCCCCACAAGCGCCACCUCGGCGUCGGCUUCGGGCACGACGACUACUGCGAGCCUCCCCUUUGGCCAUGAACUACUCGUCAACUCGGCAAGUGACAAGCAUCCCGUCAACCUUGUCAUACAUGACACUGUCGAGGCUGAUCCAGCGGCUGCACGAGGGUAUCUCAGUGUCGUGCAGACGAGAACGGGUAAGCCGCGUGGUGCGCACUCGCGACGCGACGCGCAGGCGAGAAAAACAUCACUGAGCCAUGUUAUUCGACAUCCUACUCUGUACAGGACCAACCAGCAACUUUUCCUCUUUGAAAAUACUCAAAAGUAAGUUCUGCUUUGUUUCGAUUUGAUCCGCGUGCAAUCUGCACAAAUUGACGGAGCAUCGGCGAAUCGGCGAUCUUUUCAAACCCCCAACAGCAUCCUCGAGCACGACCCUCAAAAUCCCCUUCCUCCACGUCCUCAGCGUCGAGAUCACGCCUUCUUCCACCACACAGAUCAAGACGCUGACGAUAAAGGCGAUCCAUAACCCGCAACCACAGCAGAAGGGGAGCAAGUUCGUGCUCUGGUCUUUCCAAGGGACCGUGCACGACUCGUUCAGUGACGACGAUCAUCUUGAACGCGGCUUGGGGACCCAGAAUCCCCUCGAGGCUUUCCAGAACGAACUCAUCAAGAGGGCUUAUCCAGGUGAGCAUCCGAACCAAUCUAGUACCUUGUGGAAUCCGAAGGUUAAAGAGGUCUGCUUUGCCUCACAGAGGGCACCAAGCGUCAUCGCCGAUUCAGAGUCAUCGUCAAUCCUCAUGGGGGCAAAGCCAAGGCCAAGACGAUCUGCCAUGAGCAGGUCUUGCCUGUACUGGAAGCAGCGAGCGCUCACGUCGAUGUUGAAUGUCAGUCAAGAUCGUAAACCUUGUUGAGCUCGGAUGGAACGAGACUCAACGGACUCUUCUCUUCCAACUUAGACACCGGACCUCCAGGAUCACCUACGGAUGCCACUGUCCUGGGCCAGAACCACGACUACAGAGCCUACGACGCCCUCAUCACCGUCUCCGGCGACGGCAUACCUUACCAAAUCCUCAACGGACUUUCAACUCGCGAUGACGCCCGGACAGCUCUCGAAUCCACGACCCUCGUCACUGUGCCUGCUGGAUCAGGCAACGCAUUGAAUAUCAAUGCUGUGGGGAAGGACCACGUCGAAGAUCCAGUGUGGUCGAGUUUGGUCGCGAUCAAGGGGAGAAGUACCAAGAUGGAUCUGUGUUCGUUUGUCUCUGGCGGAAAGAGGAGUAUUAGCUUCCUGACACAGGCGACAGGUUUGAUGGCUGAUAUCGGUAAGAGUUUGGCACCUCCCCUCAAGCGUCCUCCAGACUGGUGCUGACGUUUGGGGCCCGGGGGCUUCCCGUAGAUUUGGGAACGGAGCAUCUGAGAUGGAUCGGCGACGCUCGUUUCACGCUCGGCUACAUCCAGGGUUGCCUGCAAAGAAAGAAGUACGCCUUUGAGCUCAGCUUUGAGAUUGCCGAAUCGCUGGACAAGGUCGACCUGGUCCAAAGGCACAACGAGCUCCAAGCUGCGCCGAGUAGUAGUUCCGCGACGGCAACGGCAACGACAACGACAAAAGAGGAAGAUGGGGGGGAUCAGGGAUUACCGCCACUUGCUUAUGGGACGGAUCUAGAUCCUCUGCCCGCUCAAGCGCAGGCAAGGGUGCACAAUGAGAUUCCUUCGGCCACGACGGCGUUGGGAAAGGGGUGGCACACGAUCCGUUCGGACUGCAUGUGGAUCUACGGUGGCAAAUGGCCGUUCAUCUCGGCCGAUGUGAGUUUCCCACGGGCGUGAUUCGGUUCUACCGCCACUGAUCAAAACUCCAUCGUUCAGGUCAAACUUCUGUCCAUCGCCGAACCCUUCUCGACCUCGGGCACCAUCGACAUGGCGAUCGUGCCUCCUCUAAGCGCUCUCCAGGGUCUCCAAUUUAUGGACGACGCCUCGACCGGUGGGGUCUAUUGGAACCCCGAGUUGAGGUACUACAAGGUCAAAGCAUACAGAUUGACGAUGUUGAACCCUCAAGGAUCCAUAUCGGUCGAUGGGGAGAAGGCGGAGUAUAGGACUUUCCAGGUCGAGUGUCAUCAGGGUUUGGGGCGCGUGAUGACGCUGCAUGGGAGGUUUGAGGGGGUGGAAAAGGAGUUAAGUCUGGGCAAGGGCAAGUAG